AUGGUCUCCGAGGCCCUCAAGCCCUACGGCAAGCGCGAUAUGAAGCUUCACUUCGUCUCCAACAUUGACGGUACCCACAUGGCCGAGGCUCUCCGCGACUCUGACCCUGAGACCACUCUCUUCCUUGUCGCUUCCAAGACCUUCACCACCGCUGAGACCACCACCAAUGCCAACACCGCAAAGAAGUGGUUCCUCGAACACGCAAAGGACGACUCGGCUAUUGCCAAGCACUUCGUUGCUCUUUCGACCAACGAGUCCGAGGUCACCAAGUUCGGCAUUGACAAGAAGAACAUGUUCGGCUUCGCUGACUGGGUCGGUGGCCGUUACUCCGUCUGGAGCGCCAUUGGUCUCUCCGUCUGCUUGUACAUUGGUUACGAUAACUUCCACGACUUCCUUGCUGGUGGUCACGCCAUGGACAAGCACUUCAAGGAGACCCCUCUCGAGCAGAACAUCCCCAUUCUCGGUGGUCUUUUGAGCGUGUGGUACUCCGACUUCUUUGGUGCCCAGACUCACCUCGUCUCUCCCUUCGACCAAUACUUGCACCGCUUNCCUGCUUACCUCCAGCAGCUUUCCAUGGAGUCCAACGGAAAGGCCAUUACUCGCAGCGGCGACUACGUCAAGUACACCACCGGUGCUAUCCUCUUCGGCGAGCCCGCUACCAACGCCCAGCACUCCUUCUACCAGCUCCUCCACCAGGGCACCAAGCUUAUCCCCACUGACUUCAUCUUGGCCGCCGAGUCGCACAACCCCAUCGAGGACAACAAGCACCAGAAGAUGCUUGCCUCCAACUACUUCGCUCAGGCUGAGGCUCUGAUGAUCGGCAAGACCCCUGAGGAGGUUCGCGCAGAGGGCGCCGCCGAUGAGCUUGUCCCCCACAAGACCUUCUUGGGCAACCGCCCCACCACCUCCAUCCUGGCCCAGAAGAUCACCCCUGCCACUCUGGGUGCUCUCAUCGCCUACUACGAGCACAUGACCUUCACUGANGGUGCCAUCUGGAACAUCAACUCUUUCGACCAGUGGGGUGUCGAGCUCGGCAAGUCUCUGGCCAAGAAGAUCCAGUCCGAGCUCGAGACCUCGGGCGAGGUUUCCGGCCACGACGCCAGCACAUCUGGCCUCAUCAACGCCUUCAAGAAGAAGGCUGGUAUCAACUGA